AUGACCAGCUCCGAAAAUAGGUCCAAGAAACAUAAGACCAAAGACGAGGAUUCGAGUAACGCGACCGUCAAGGCAGGAGGCAGCACAGGGGAAGAAAAUCUGUCAUUGCAGUUGAAAAAAGAUAAAAAAAAGAAACAAAAAGAUAAAGGGAACGAAUUGAAAGCUGAGAGUUCGAGCCAAGCGAGCUUGAAAGUAGAAGGCACCGAAGAACAGGAGCCGCCAUCAACCGCUGAAAAGGCAAAGAAACAAAAGUCUAAGCACGGCAAGGACAAGGGUGAAAGCAGUCAUGCUCCAAGUCAAACAAGUGAAGGGGGCGCAGACGAAGCAGCAGCAGUGAAAGCUGGUGACUCAGGCACUACGGGCGAAAAAAAGAAGAAAAAGAACAAAAGUGAGACAGAAGGUGAGCCAGCCGACGGUGAAGAAGGUGCAACAGCAAAAUCUGAUGCAAAAAAGAGGAAGAAAAAAACAGAUGAAGAAAAAGCGCAUGAAGAACUACCUUCAGGAGAUAGUGUGAAUGCUAAAGAUGGUGGGAAAAAGAAGAAGAAGAAAGACAAGGAAGAAAGCAAAGAAUCUGCUGGGACGCACGAGACUAAUGAGGAGAAGGCGCCUGAAGAGCUACCAGCAGGAGAUGGCGUGAACGCUACCAAAGAAGCUGGAAAGAAAAAAAAGAAGAAAGACAAGGACGAAAGCAAAGAAUCUGAAGGGAUGCAUGAGACUGGCAACCCUGAUUCAGAGAAGACAGUGGAAAAAAAGAAGGAAAAGAGCAAGACAAAAGAUGCUGGCGAAAAUGCUGAAGGAAAGAAUGGUGACUCAGCCAACAAGGAGGAAAAGAAAAAGAAGAAAGCCAAGGAAGAGGCAAAAGACCAAGGAGAAAACGCCGGAGAUUCGGCCACAGAAGCGAAAGAAAAAUCGAAGCGGGCCGAAGAGAAAAAAGACGCACAACUGUCUCCUGAAAAGCAGGAGGAUGAAACAGAAGCUCCAGACGCCAAAAAAAAGAAAAAAAAGGAUAAGUCAGAAGCGCACGAUGCAGCAACGAGCAAGCACGAAAGUGGGACAGACGAAAGCAAGUCAAAGAAGAAAAAAAAGGAGAAAGGCGAAGCUCCUGAUGCAAUGGACGAUGGCGGAGAGAAACACAAAUCCACGAGCAGCUCAGCCCCUAAGUUUUCUAGUCGUAAGUACUGCCACUCUCUGCCAAGAUAA